GAUGAUUAUUCUAACUCUGAGCUCUAACCACUCUGUAUCAUUGACAUUGAGAAGUUUGAUUUGGGAAAUACAAAAUUUUGAUUAUAUAAUGAAAUUUUGUAUUGGAAAAGCAAACCUUUCCGUCGUCAUCUAAGACUUCCUUUGUCCAAAAGUCAAUUAUACUCUGUUUAUCUCUACACUUUUUGGUCCAAACUCCAAAACCCAUUCAUUAAAAUAUAUAUAACCAACACAAAAGAAUCGCAUUCACAAACACAAAACCCAUCUGUUACACAUUCUUCUUGAUUUCUCAGCAUCGUUUUUCUUCUUUCAGCAAAGGGAUUCAUUCGAUCAACCCAAAAUUCAGAAGAUAUGUGUUGUGGAGAUGGCGAUUGUAGGCCACUCGGCUUCUUGCUUGGCUUGCCUUUUGCUUUCGUUUCUCUUAUCCUUUCCAUUAUCGGCGUAAUUAUAUGGAUUGUGGGAUUGACGCUUACUUGCAUAUGUCCUUGUUGUUUGUGCUUAACGGUGAUAGUGGAGCUUGCUUUGGAGCUGAUCAAAGCCCCAUUUCAUGUCAUGGAGUGGUUCACCUCUCAGAUUCCUUGUUGAUUGUUCAUAUUUAUCAAAGAGGAAAGUGGGAGAAGCAUUAUAGUGUGUAAUUAGAUUACCUUGUUUGUGUGAGAUUUACAUUUGAUAUGAAUAUGAAGCUUUGUGUGUUCUUUGCUUCAUUGUAAUAGCCUUCCAUUGAUUGUUUAUUUCGUCGAUAAUCAAUAUAGAAUUGAUGUUCUGUUUUACAAUA